CGGCCUCGUGCCUCCCGGCUCCCACCCAGGGAGGGUCCUCGUGCGCCUGCGCCAAGGUGGGGGGUGUCGUUGCGCCUAGGCCUUUCCCUCAGGUUUUCCUCUUUUCUCCCCCACUGCGGCGCCUGGUCGGCCCUUGCGCAGAGAACUCAGCGCUGAGGUUGUCUAAAGCCCCAGGAAAAAUGGUGGAAAAUUCACCGUCGCCAUUGCCAGAAAGAGCGAUUUAUGGCUUUGUUCUUUUCUUAAGCUCCCAGUUUGGCUUCAUACUUUACCUCGUGUGGGCCUUUAUUCCUGAAUCUUGGCUAAACUCUUUAGGUUUAACCUAUUGGCCUCAAAAAUACUGGGCAGUUGCAUUACCUGUCUACCUCCUUAUUACUAUAGUAAUUGCCUACGUGCUCUUGUUUGGGAUUAACAUGAUGAGUACCUCUCCACUUGACUCCAUUCAUACAAUCACAGAUAACUAUGCUAAAAAUCAACAGCAGAAGAAAUACCAAGAGGAGGCCAUUCCAGCAUUAAGAGAUAUUUCUAUUAGUGAAGUAAACCACAUGUUCUUUCUUGCAGCCAAAGAACUUUACACCAAAAACUGAACUGUAUGUAACCAUACUAACACCAAGCACGUAUUUAUUUAUACAUUUUUGCCAUUAUAAUUUUGGCCAUAAAUUAAUUUGACCAUCUCUCUUAUUAAUAGAGAAGUAAAAAAUGUCAGUUGACCUUCUCUUAGAUUAUAUUCAAUGAAUAUUGUAAAUGUUCUGAAGUAUUAAUUGUUAAUGAACAGGAUAAAUCCAAUAUUGCAUUACCAUAUAGCAGACUUUAAAAAAAAAUCAGUGUCAGUAUAAUCAAGAAGUUCCUCCAGAGAGGCAUUUAUAUUGUAAUUUGCAAAGGGCAAUGGUGUCCUUCCUCCUGUUUAUCCUGAGGGGCCCAGAAUUCAAAUCCUUAGUUUUGGGGGAGGGUACAUUUAGUACUUGUGCCAUCAGAUUUAUGUCUAAGACACAAAUAUUUGUUGAGGACUCAUUGUGUACCAGGUAUUUUUCUAGGCACUGGUGAUGAAGUAAUGGUAAGAUUCUUUCUCAAAGAGCUUACAUUUUUAGAGGCAUGGUGAGGUGACUAAGCAAAUAAAUAAGGAAAUGUGAUUUGAUGAGUGCUAUGCAGAGAAUUAAGAUAAUGUAUUCUAGAAUGCAAAGGGAUGACUAGUUCACACUGGGUGGUCAAGGAAGGCCUCUCAGAGAGAGGCUGUUGGGAUCUAAGUAUAAAGCAGGUGAGGCAAAGACCAUAAGGUGGGAAGGAGCUUGGUGUGUCCUAAGAACAGAGAGAAGACUGGCAUUGGCCUUAGAGCAUACCAAACGAGAGAAUGUGGUCCCAGGUUAGCCUGGAGAGACCGGGCUCAGAUUGUGAAAGGCUUUGUAGGUCAGUGUAGGAAGUGUGGACUUAAAUAUAAGUGUGAUGAGUUUGAGGCACUUUGGGAUCAAGCUGUUGGGAGUCUUGAAGGAAAAGAGUGACAUAGCCUGAUUUCUGUUUUUUAAGUCAUUCUAACUGGUGAAUGGAGAAUAGAUUCAGAGGAGGAGCUGGGAAGGGGACAAUAACCAUAUCCUUACCCAGUAAGCAUGAGAUAGAUAACAUGAAUCUGCUUUUCCUGUUCCCUAGUUUGUCUCAGUUCCUGUUUUAUUAUGGUGAGAGCAUGUCACCACACUUAAGAGCAGUAUGAGGGGACUGGACGUAGUGGUUCACACCUGUAAUCCGAGCACUUAGGGAGGUUGAGGCAGGUGGAUCACUGAGGUCAGGUGUUGGAGACCAGCCUGGCCAACAUGGCAAAACCCCAACUCUAUUAAAAAUACAAAAAUUAGGCGUGUUGGCAGGCGUCUGUAAUCCCAGGUACUCAGGAGGCUGAGGCAGGAGAAUUGCUUGAGCCUGGGAGGCAGAGGUUGCAGUGACCCGAGAUCGUGUCACUGCACUCCAGCCUUGGCAACCGUCUCAAAAAAAAGAAAAGCAGUGUGAGGGAACCAGCCAAAUCCAGCAAGUAUAGAAUGGUAAAUAAAUCAUGGUCUGUUUCUACAGUGGAACACUACACAGCCAUGCAAACAAGAAUGCAUUACUUCGCUACCUAAUAAUAUGAAUUAAUAUGGCCAUAACAUUGGGCAAAAAAAAGCCAGACACAAAAGAAUAAACUACUGUGUGAUUCCCUUUAUUUGAAGUGCAAAAUCAGCAAAAACUAAUCUAUGGUGGCAAAUAUUAGAAUAAUGGUUACCUUUGGAGAAGAGUAUUAACUGGGAGGAGGCAUGAAGGAGCCUGCUGGUGAAUUGAAAAUGCCCUACCUCUUGAUCUGGGUGGUGGUUAUGGUUACAUGGAGGUAAUACAUGUUUUUUAAAAAUCAUUAAAUUAUUAAGAUUUCUGCUUCUGAUGCAAGUUACACCUCAAUAAAAAGGGGGGGGAAAAACAGUACUAGUACCAAUGCCCACCUCCAGAAAAUGUUGAUUAAUUGGUCUGGAGUAGAGCCCAUCGGGGUAAUUUUUUAACAUCUCCCAGAUGCUUCCAAUAUGCAGCCAGGGUCGAGAAUGACUCCCUUACAUGAUUGGACUCCCUUAUGUGACUAGACUUAACUGAGUUUUAGUCAAGCAGAGCAGUAGCUGUAAGCUUUGAAAGAGAAAGCCAGCAGUUAUCCGAGCAGUUCCCUCCCAUCUUUGUGAGACUCCUGCUCAUGUCAGCGGUAUUCCCUUGUCUUCCCCUAGGACCGGUGAUGGACCUGAGACAGGUUUGAAAUGGGUCAGAAUAGAACCUUCAUGGACUCUAGUGUUUUACUGCACAUUAAGCCUGAAAUUAACUUUUCGUUCUGGUUUCCAACCACUCUGUCCUCACAGGUCAUGAAAGGAACACCAAUGUUUUGCAAACUAUGGGCAGCAGUGUUUUUGAGGGUCAUGAUCAGUUUAGUGCAGCAAUUCUCUACCUUUUUUUAAAAUCUUAGGACCCCUUUAUUCUUGUAAAGAGUGAGAGCCCCAAAGACCUUUUGUGUAUAUAGAUAUAUUUUAAAAUUAAAAUAGAAAAUUUUUAAGUAAUUGUUUAUAAAUAAUCCAUUACCUUUUAGUUAUAAAAUUAAUUCAUAUCACAUAAUUAGAAACAAAAUUUCUGUUACAGAAACAUUUCGCCCAAAUCAUUGUUGUAAUACUAAGCUGAUUCUAAAAAGACAAAUUUAGCAUAAACAUAUUUGUGAGAAAUAAUUAUAUUUUGUAAAACAAAAAACUUCAGUGAGAUAAGUAGAAUUGUUUUACAUUUCUGCAAGUCUCUUUAAUGUCUGGCUUCAUGGAACACAGCCGGUUCUCAUAUCUGCGUGUGCAUUCAGUCUGUGACAUUAGUGCCUGUCACAAAGCCUCUGGAAAGCUCCACUGUAUACUCAUGAGAGAACAAGGAUGAAAAAGACAAAAACAUCUCAGCAGUAGUAGGAAAAUAGUUUUGACCUCAUAGGCCCCCGAAAUAUGGUCUUGGGACCCCCGGACUUUGGGGACCACUGGUUAGUGGGCCUCCACUAGUGUGUGUGUGAUGAACUAGAGUAGAAUAUGUCAGUGCAUUGCACUCGGUAAGGGUAAAUAUUUUGACUGAACAUCUCUUGCAACCACUUCAGACCCUCUCUGUUCACCUCUUACUCCAGCCACUGAUGCCCCAAACAGUUCAUGCGAAUUUAACCAAAUCCACGUAGGUACCCCUUAUAGUACACUCUGGAAGGAGAGGGGGUUAACACCCAUGGGACCAGCCUGGAGCCCAACCUGGGACAAGUGUCAGUGGAUGUACACAUCUGCCUUUCAGCCCCAAGGAGACAGUUCUGCGCUGCAUUCCAUGAGCUCCUCAGAAGGUCUCGUGGGAUUGAGCUGCAGUUGCCACGAUGGUGGUGGACUCAGCCCACGUGCUUGUCUGUCUGCUGUGUUUUGUACCCUCUGCUACUUUGCCCUGCUCUCUGUGGUCACUUUCCCAGUAAACUGCCUGCACACAA